ACCAACAUUCCAGCUCUAUUCAUAUAGCUCCAUCAUUCUACCCAAAUUGCAUCUCUCGCUGCAUCUAGACACCACAUAAAUCAAAUUAACUUCUUACUCUUUCAUAUACGUUUCAUCUAUACCUUCAUAUUUUACUGAUACCCGUAUCUGCCCAAUUAGUCAAUACCUAGCCCUCCGUAUGUCAUCGACCACGGAUUCCCACGACCCCACAUCACCGCAGCAAUCACCCUCCCCUCCUUCAGCUACAGAUCCACAAAAGCCCUCUUCACCUUCUGCCUCUUCACCUAAACACAAAUCAAAGCCGUCCAUUGCCCGAUCUCCCACAGCACCUGUUCCCGCUGUGGCUUCAACAUCACCAUCGACGGUCUCACCAGCUCCGUUAUCACCUUCCUCACACCCCAUUACUUCUUCCUCAGCAUCAUAUCUGACAUAUCCGGUCACCUAUGCGGUUUCAGGCAUUCUACGGCGAUUCUCCGCCGACUCCAACGGGCACAAUCUGCGCUCGACCAACAACAGCAACAAUCAUAAUAAAACGAAGAAGAUGAAUAGUAAUAAUAAUGGCCUAUACACUCCGCCUAAUCGCACCGCAUCGCCCUUUACACCCCCGCCUUUAACUCCUCUCAGCCUUAAGGGCUACCAACCCAGCACGCCCACGUCUGCAGCUAUCCUGACACGCACAUUGGCCGAGGAAAUCCGAUUACUCGUGCCGCCGCGAUUGCAGCUGGUCGAGGAUUGGAAUCUUGUGUACAGCCUCGAGCAGCACGGUGUGAGCUUGACGACGUUAUAUAAGCGCUGUAAUGAGUACCGGGGGAAACGAUGUGGAUUCGUCCUCGUCGUGAGGGACAGUAGUGGCGGGACAUUCGGCGCAUACCUCACCGAGCCGCCCCGCCCAGCACCGCACUACUUUGGCACCGGCGAAUGUUUUCUCUGGCGCGCGCAUACUCUGUCAGCUACUCCAGAAUUAUCGCAUCUCCCGCUUCCUCCCAGCGCAGAUACAUCAAACAUGCAGCGGUCAACGACAAUCAGCAGCGGCCUGCUCGCUCCGCCGUCGCCUGCUCCUGGACAAGCAGGCGGGAGUCGAUCCGGCAGCGCGACCCCUGAACGGAUUCGAUUCAAGGCAUUUCCCUACAGCGGUGUGAAUGAUUAUAUGAUGUACUGCGAGGCAGAGUAUUUAAGUGUAGGCGGAGGGUAAGUCCGAAACCCAGAUUGCUAUUGAUUCCUCCCCCCGCCUUUUUUCCCCCCGUUUUUUUAAUAUCGUAUUCAAUUGCCCAUGAUUUCCCACUCGUAACUAAAUCACUAAUUCUCGAAACAAACAGUGACGGCCGCUACGGGCUCUGGCUCGACGACGGUCUCGAAAAGGGAAUAUC